AUGAUCCAAAAAGGGGCUAUAAUUGCCUUCAUACUUGGUGUUAUUGUUCUAUACUCUACGAACCACAAGGUUGGAAAACUGGAACUUAUCUCAUUCAACUCUUCAUACGAUUACAUAAUCUUAGGAGCUGGAUCGGCCGGGUGUGUCCUCGCAAACAGACUUUCAGAAAAUCCAGAAUCCUCGGUACUUAUCCUGGAAGCUGGGGGUUCCGAAGAUGAAAAUGCAGAUAUAAGUGUUCCUAUCUCUUCUGCAUUUGUUCAGCUAUCAAAACAGGACUGGAUGUUCCGAACUGCACCACAGAAGAAAGCAUGUUUGGCAAUGCGUGACAGGAAGUCUGCCUGGCCACGAGGAAAGGUUCUUGGCGGUAGUAGUAACUUAAAUUAUAUGCAAUAUGUCCGCGGCAGUCGCCAUGACUACGAUGGCUGGGCCAAGGAGGGGUGUAAAGGAUGGAGCUAUAAAGAUGUUCUUCCGUAUUUUAUUAAAUCCGAGGAUAUAAAAAUUCCAGAACUUAUGAAUUCAGCAUACCAUGGAAGAGGGGGAUAUUUGUCCGUUACUGACGCGACUGCCACACCCCUUGGUAGAAAUGUGUAUGCACGUGCAAUGGAAGAGCUUGGUCACUCUAUUACAGACUGUAAUGGAAAAUCACAAAUAGGUUACUGUGCGUCUCAAGAAAAUGUUGGAAAUGGAGAACGUUGGAGCACCGUCAAGGCCUUUCUAAGACCUGCCAUGGAACGCCAAAACCUGCAUGUCUCUAUAAACUCUUAUGUUACCAAGGUAAGAUUAAAAAAUAAGAGGGCAGUUGGAGUAUCCUUUGUUCGAGAUAACAGGAAGUACGUCAUAAUGGCGAACAAGGAGGUGAUUGUCUCAGCAGGUUCAGUGCAGUCACCCCAGAUCUUGAUGUUGUCUGGAAUAGGACCAAAGGAACAUCUCACAUCCAUGGGGAUCCCAGUGGUCGCCGAUCUGCCAGUAGGAGAAAAUUUACAGGAUCACUUGAAGACGUUCUUAGACUUCCAUGACAACACCACCAGUUCUGCCUCCAGAACUAAGAUAAUGUCACCCCUAUCACAGAUGCAGUACAAGGCAUUUAAGUCAGGAAUAAUGAGCAGGCCUCAUACGGAGGGAACCGCAUUUCUCACGGAGGAUGAAAACCUUCCGCCGCAUAUUGAGCUUCAUUUCUUCAGCUUUAUGUAUGAGCCCGAGCUCACCGACCUGUUCUUAGACAUGCUUAAUAUAGAUAGAAAGCUAAAGGAAGGAAAACAGCGGGAGUUUCAAAGAAACAAAGACCGAAACAUUGGAACAUUUAGUGUACUCCCGGUUCUUCUUCAUCCCAAAAGUCGGGGGACCAUCCGCCUUCAGAGUAAUGAUCCUUUUGAUCCGCCACUCAUUGACCCAAACUAUCUCGACCACCCGGAUGAUAUCAAAACAUUCUUAAAAGGCGUUCGAGAGAUUAUAAAAUUGGGGGACACUGUAGCUUUCAAGUCAAUUGGUGCCUCAUCCCAGGAUCCACUUGAGACGUACCUACCUCAGUGUGACGAUCUUUCUCCUGGAUCAGACGAGUAUUGGAUCUGUAGACUGAGGCAUAUAACGUACACAGUAUAUCAUCCAACGUCCACUUGUCGAAUGGGAGCAAAGGAUGACCCGACAGCAGUUGUAGAUCAUGAACUUAAGGUGAAGGGGGUUCAAGGUCUACGAGUGGUGGAUGCGUCCGUCAUGCGCAAUGUACCCUCGGGAAAUACAAAUGCUCCAACAAUCAUGAUUGCAGAAAAAGCUGCGGAUAUGAUAAGAAAUAUAGACAGCGUGAAAUUCAUUAGAGAAAAAACAGAUAAAUUGCAAUACUGACAAUUAGUACCAUGUAGUU